AUGUUUGGAAUAUUGGGCAUUUCUCCUCGCCUAUUCAGAUUGUCUGGAAUCGUGGUACUUCUUCAUGGUGUCGCAGCAGUUUGCACUGAGUAUGUGUUUCAGGUUGAAGGCUUUGCCUUUGGACUCUUCUAUACUUUUGUACAAUGCUUUACAUUUGCGGCCUUGGCACUGGCGAAGUGCCUCGUAGCAGGCAAAAUUCAAUUGAACUCUUCAAUGCUUAGAGGUUCAGGUGUUGCAGGGCUGUCCAUGACAGUCUCUCAUGGUGCGGGUAUCCUCUCGUACUUGCAUGUGAACUACACAACUGCUAUGAUCUUCAAAAGCGCGAAGGUUCCAAGUGUUGUUCUUGGAGGCCGCUGGAUAAACAAGAACGAGCGCACAUCGCAUGAAAUGCUUUGGGCGAUUUGCAUGAUGACUGGGCUUCUUCUUUUCGGCCUCGGUGAUGGUCUGGAAUCAGCGCGAUUCACCAUGUUUGGACUUGUUUGCAUCGGCAUCAAUCUGGCUGGCAGCACUCUCACCGCCAAUCUACAACAGAAAGUCUUGCAGUCACCAAUUCCAUGCUCAGUUGAAAGCAUGAUGCUGGUGCAAUAUGCAACGGCAUCUGCUGUACUGCUGCUGUACAUUGCCAAUACUGCAGAGUUGUCCAGAGCUGUGGAAUGGUACCUCAACAAUCCAUCCGCUUUCAACUACACUAUGUUGGACAAUUUGCUGACCUAUAUUGGCUUGGAGGCUGUCAUGUGCAUCACAAAGGAAUUUGAUGCUACCAGAGCCAAUGUUGUUUGCUCGGGGAGAAAAGCGAUUACUUUUCUCUUCUCGUAUUGGUUUUUCCCGAAGGCUUUUGGCCCCUUCCACGCGCUGCUCGGCGAAUCUGCGUGUCUUCCUGAGGUCUUCCUCAAGUCUUCCUGCCUUUACGCGGCCAAGGUUCAUGGUGUCUAUAUCCAAGCCACUACCACUGAGGGCUUCGAUGUGAAAGUCUUGUCAGAGGCUGGUGUCAAGUGGGUGCUUGCUGACAGCGUAGCGACAGUGCUACGAAAAGUCAAGGAGGUGAGUGGCCCCAGUGUGGAAGCCAAAGGUGCUCAAAGUCCAACAGCCAAACUUUGCAAAAACAAUUGCGGCAGGGCGGUGCAGCCCGGACUCACAAGAGGUCUCAAGCCGUAUGACACUUGUUGUAAGCGGUGCGCAAAGAGCCCGGGAAGCAACGAACAUGACGAGAACUGCGGGGGCCGGCAGCCAGACAGAAGCCCAAGCCUCCCAAGUCUGGAUUUGCAGCGCAGCCUUCGGAAUGAGUUAGAGGCCAUGCUGACCAAUCCAAGUGCCCUAGAAGAGACGGUGAAAGGUGCCUUUGCCAGAGCUGGACAGCCCCUAAAUAGGCUGAGCUGGGACGAGCUUCAAUCACCUCUGGAGGCUCUUCUGGAGCCCUUCGGUGUUCACUUGGGUGUGAAAGAGCAAUUUCUUCAGCAUUUGUGUCAAAUGCACGGACAAGAGGAGGACCGCACAAUAGACAAAAGCGGCAUCCUUGCGCUUAGCAAGACAGUGCUUCAGGACCGAUAUCGCUCUUGGUUCCCUGAGAUUCUUCCGGUCUCAACGGCGAACUUUGUGAAGCAAAACCGUCGUCCUCUGGAGGAGUGCUACACGAUGGGCAAAAAGCUUGGUGAAGGUAGCUUCGGGACAGUCUACGAAGUGGAUCACAAGCUCUCUGGAGAACGCCGAGUUUGCAAGAAGAUCUGGAAGACAAAGUCAGAUAUGACGAGUCAACAGAUUCUCCAAGAAAUUGGAAAUAUGGCUAUGCUUGACCAUCCGAAUGUCAUCAAAGUCUUUGAGUACUUCGACGAACCUAAUUUUGUGAGCCAGAUUAUGGAGCCAUGUUAUGGCGGCGAGCUCCAAGACAAGGUGAAUGUACUGAGAAAGACUGGCAAGGCCCCAUACGAUGAAGCAUUCGUGUGUGAUGUCAUGAAGCAAACACUUCGGGCAUUGGCCUUCAUGCACAAGAAGCCCUUCUUGCACAAGGACUUGAAGCCCCAAAACAUCAUGCUGGUGGAUCAGGACAGUUCUUCCAUCAAAGUCAUUGAUUUUGGACUUGCAGAGCUCUUCAACCCCCAACAAAAGUUUGCCAACUUUAUUGGUGGUACACGCUUGUACAUGGCCCCGGAAGUUUUUCGACAGCAAAUGACCGUGAAGACAGACAUUUGGAGCGCGGGAGUGAUCUUGUACAACUUGAUGACGGGAGACUUUCCGUUCCUUGCCCAGUGGCCACCACCCAAAGGCAAAGAUGAAGCAUGGUGGGAAGAACAAACCGUUCUGAAGAUCAAGAAUGAGCAACCUGUGAGGAAUCCACUGCUCAAUAAGUGGUCGCCUCAAUGCAAUGACCUCCUGCUGCGAAUGCUGGACAAGGAUGACGCCUUACGUCCAGAUGCCACGCAAUGCCUCGAGCAUACCUGGUUCAGUGGAUACAGUGAGGUCUCUCCCACCUUAUCUGUUGGAGUGUUGCAGUGUGUAGAGUCUUAUGCACGCAUGACAGAGUUGAGAAAGGGCAUUUUCCUUUUGCUGGCCCAUCAAUACGAAGUUCAAAAAAGCGCCCUAGUGGAGCUUCGGGCGCUCUUCACGCAUUUUGAUGUACGAAAUCAAGGUUGCUUAAGUGCCCAAGACUUGAAGGGGGUUCUUGUGAAGAGUGGCAUGGGGGGUGUGGCUGCAGAACGAGUUUGCCAUGCAUUGGAUCGGAGAAGAGAUGGUCAGAUCACCUGGACAGAGUUCACAGCUGCUGCCAUGUGGUACGUGGUCUGCCGGAACAACCGGGCAAUAGAUGCCGCCUUCGCCACGUUUGAUUCUGAUCAGGACGGACGUGUCACUGCAAGAGACCUGCAGAUGGUCUUAGCAGAUCUGCGAGGCCAAGAUGCCUGGCGCAGGCAAAUGCCAACCCUGUUUGAUGAGAUGGAAAAGCAAGAGAUUUCAUCAUUCAGGAGGACUGCGCGUGAAACCAUGCGAUCAUUUGUGCAGAUUUUCAAGAAGGAGGCCAUGAAGUACGCCAAUCUUGAUCAGUUUCGCCAGUACUUGCAACAAAACAUGACUUUGCGGGCAGGAGAUGCCUUGUAUGCAGUGACAUAA